AUCUCUUAAUAUUUUCCCCCAUUUCCAUCGCAUCCAAUUUUCUCUCUCACCCACGCUCAAUGUCAGAGACCUAUGCCUCGUAGACUCCCCUUCGCGCCUUCUAUCCCUCUCCUUCCCUCUCUCCGUUAAGCCAUCUCCACCGAUUCCACCGUCGCCCCAGCGACACCGCCACCCACCCGCCUCCCAGAGUUGCAGCGGGUGCUCAUCUUUAUACUGAUCCCUCUUUUCUGUUCGUUGCUACACUCCGCGGCUCAAACACCAAUUAGGAACAUGGAUGGGGAUAUACCUAAUAUAAAGAAGUGGAUUGUGUUCUACCCAAUUUACAUAAAUUCAAAGAAAACGAUUGCUGAGGGUCGGCGGAUUAACGCUAGCAAAGCGUGUGAAAACCCUACUUGUGUUGAGAUUCGUGAUUGUUGUAGCUACCUCAAACUCCCUUUUGCUAUUGAGAUUGAUAAGGCGUAUCCGCGUGAUUUUAUGCAAAGAGGGAGGGUGAGGGUUUUGCUGAAAAAGGAAGAUGGGACUCUGUGCAAUCCGGCUAUAUCUUCUAGGAAACAGCUGAUGCUCCAUGUUGCUGAGUUGGUUCCGAGACACCCUGGGAGGACUAAGAAACAGGAACCCACAUCCACCUCGACUGCUGCACCUUCCAAGUCUGGGAAGGGCGGUAAAAAGAAGAGAUAG